AUGAAUGAUUUACACUAUUUUGAGUACUAUUCACAGUUACAACACCAACAAAACAUGUUGCAGGACACUAAACGUACAAUUACCUAUCGCAACGCCAUCAUGUCCAACCCAUCCCGGUUUGAAAACAAACUCGUAUUAGACGUUGGUGCCGGAUCAGGUAUCUUAUCAUUUUUCGCAGUCCAAGCCGGUGCUACCCAUGUGUACGCUGUUGAAGCAUCCACCAUGGCUCAUCAAAUGCAAACGCUUAUCCAACACAACCCUUCUUUCCAAGAUAAAAUUACUAUCAUUCAUGCAAAAAUCGAACAAUCCGACCUGCAAAUACCUAUGGUAGACACCAUCUUAUCCGAGCCUAUUGGUGUCUUUUUAUUUCAUGAAAGAAUGCUUGAAAGUUAUAUUUAUGCAAGAGAUCAUUAUUUAAAGCCAGGAGGCACGUUAUUCCCUUCCGCCGGUAGAAUUCAUUUAUCUCCAUUUACCGACAGCAAAUUAUGGAAAGAAACAAGCGCUAAUGCCGAUUUCUGGAAACAGGAUUCAUUUCUUGGUAUCAACUUAUCUGCAUUACAUACUGACGCUUGUCAUGAACUUUUCAAUAUGCCUGUCGUAGGCCAGUUUGAUCAUCGUAGUAUCCUGACCAAUGACAAAAACACACACGACAUUGAUUUCAAUACCAUCACACUCGAUGCUCUUCAAGAUAUGACGAUCCCAAUUCGCUGGAAAUCUUCUAGGACAGGUAUGAUGCAUGGGAUCGCCGGUUGGUUUGACAUUGUAUUUGCUCCAACAGGUGGAAUUCCAAUCUCACUCUCCACUAGUCCAGAUACGGAACAAACGCACUGGUAUCAAACCCGAUUUUUAUGGCUUGAUCCUUUACCAAUUAAAGCACACCAGGUUAUAGAGGGAUCAAUGCGAUGUCAAGCGAACGAUGCACGCAGUUACACCAUCACAGUCGACGUGACAGUAGGCGAAAUACAACGAAACGGCAUAUGGCAAUUACAAGACCAAACAUUUACUCAAUAA